UAUAUUCCAUGAUCAAUCAUUUCAACCAUUCUAGGGUUUCUGAUUAAAUAAAAGGGGAUCACAAAAUUGGCUAUGUUAAUUGAUGGUUGUAGUCGGGCGCUACGCAGAACAAGAUUUGAUUAUUGAGAAAAGCGAUAUCUUUGAUUAUGAUGAUGGAAGAAGGCUAUUAUGUAUGGGCGGUGGGAAGGUGAGCUGUGGUUCMACCGGUGGCACAUGUGGCCGGUCCCAUCUUCCUCCACGCCGUCUGUAGCUGCUCCCUCCAAUUCCUUCGUAUUCAUUGACACUAACUCUUUCUCCAAAGAUGGUCGAAAGAUUCAUGUUGGUGACUGUGCUCUGUUCAAGCCAUCCCACAAUUCCCUCCCAUUUGUUGGUAUAAUUCGUAGAUUAAUAGUAGGAAAAGAGAACAAUCUAAGUCUGAGUGUGAACUGGCUUUAUCGGCCUGCAGACGUAAAACUUGAGAAAGGUGCUCCGCUGGAAGCAGCACCAAACGAGGGAUAUUCUCAUUUGUGUGCCGGCGAGUGUAUGAUAUUGAGAGCAAGCGUUUAUGGUGGUUAACAGAUC